UUUCUCAUUCCUAGGUCGAUUUUCCACGAAGCAUCGCGCACAACUCAGUCUCGUUCAAUCAAGUUUGUGGGAACGAAAACUUCUCAAGUUCUUGCAGAUUUUUAUCAUUUUAUUUGUGUCUGUGCUUCGUUUUGUUAUCAGAAAGUUUUUAUUUUUCAUUAAAAUAAUAUUGUUUCACUUAACGUAUGCUCUCUUCUGUGUUACUUGUUCCUCGCCUAAAGUUUUGGAUUUCAAAAUGAGAUCAAUUCUCUCCUUGAAGUUUAUACGUUUUAAAAUAUCAUAAUGUGUUUCCGUAAACAACUAUCUGAACUUACUUUCAUUCGUUAGUGUACUCAAGUAAAAUAUAAACAACAGACGAUGGAUUCUGGAAGCCGGAUUGCAAACUUUUUCGACGGUCGUCACAUCCUGAUUACCGGUGCGACCGGAUUCAUCGGCAAAGUGUUGGUCGAGAAACUCCUCAGAUCAUGCCCAAAGCUCUCAAAAAUCUACCUCCUGAUGCGCCCCAAGAAAGGCGUUGACAUCCAAACUAGACUCAAAAAUUUGCUCGAUACAGAGAUUUUUGAAUAUUUGCGGCAAACGCAAAAUGAGCAGCUGCAGAAACUAGUGGCUGUGAAUGGAGACAUCACGAGCCUUGAGUUAGGCUUAAGCGCGGCCGAUCAAAAACUUCUGAGUGAAAAUGUUUCGGUAGUUUUUCAUUCGGCAGCCACCGUCAAGUUCGACGAGGACCUCAAACCGGCCGUCAUUAUGAAUCUACAAGGUACAAAACAGUUAUUACAGCUGUGCAGAAAAAUGAGCCAACUUGAGGCUCUCGUGCACGUGUCAACUGCGUAUUGUAACUGUGACCAAAAGAAUGUAUUGGAAUCUGUGUAUCCCCCACCUGCAGAUCCUGACAGAAUCAUCGAAGCCGUCAGUUGGAUGGACAAUAAAUUGUUGGAUGCUCUUACUCCGGUAGUCAUUGAUGGAAGGCCAAACACUUACACAUUCACAAAAGCUCUUGCUGAGCACGUUUUAGUUCAAGAGAAUGGCAAACUCCCAAUCGCCAUCAUCAGACCCUCUAUUGUGACAGCCUCAUGGAGGGAGCCAAUUCCUGGUUGGGUCGAUAACCUGAAUGGUCCAACAGGAUUAUUGGCAGGAGCAGGAAAAGGUGUUUUGCGAUCGGUUUUAUGCCACCGCAACAAAGUUGGUGACCUCAUACCGGUGGAUAUCGUAGUCAAUUUGAUGAUCACUGUUGCUUGGUCAACCGCAACGGAGAAUUCAAAGACGAUCAAGGUGUACAACUGCACCUCCGGCUCUACAAAUCCGAUAAAAUGGGGUGAGCUGGAGAACUGGGGAAGAGACUCCGUUCUGUCACAUCCCUUCACCAACGUCGUAUGGUAUCCCGGCGGAAGUUUCAAAUACACACGAUUCAUGAACAACAUAUCCGUCAUUCUCUUCCACGCCAUUCCAGCCUAUUUGAUAGACUUCUCGGCAAGCCUCUUGGGUCGAAAACCUGUCAUGGUACGUUUAUACCAUCGAUUGCAACGAGCCGUAGGAUGUCUAGAAUUUUUCACCACUCAUGAAUGGAAGUUCUCAAAUGAGAAUGUUCAACAACUUUGGUCAAUCCUGGACCAGGAGGACAAGGAACAUUUUGACUUCGACGUCGCUCCCUUGCAGUGGCGGAAGUAUAUUGAUAUCUAUGUCAGGGGAACCCAAAGAUUUCUACUCAAAGAGGAUGUCAAAGAUCAACCGGAGGCAAAACGGCAUUUACGCAAGAUGUAUUACGUGCAUAGAUUCACGCAGCUGGUUUUGGCUUUUAUUGCAUGGAAGAUGUUCGCGCGUAUCUAUGGCAUUAAUCUUGGAUUGUACAGUAAUUUCAUGGAUUUGAUAUCAAGACUAUUAAUCAUCUUUAAUCAAAAGUUUAAUCAUCUUUUCCGAUAACGAUAAUUUUGAUUUGUAAAUAUACCUACUUAAAUACCUACUGCCAGUUGGUCGACAAAAAGUGUACUAUAAUAUGACUUUCAUAAUAAAUUUUAGGAAGAAACUUG